CUCCGCUUCGCCGCUUCACCACACUGCAGGUAUUCACUUGAAGAUGAUGAUUGGCUUGGGUGAUGUACACUAAACGUCAACGGUGGGUACCUUUUUACCUUAAACCUACAUUAUGGGCGGGUAUGUCCACCACACAAAGAAGUGAGAGCACGAACACAUUCUUUGAUGGUUUUGUGCACUCCAAAACAAGUCUCAAACAAUUUGUGGUUCAAUACGGUCGGGCUUUGAGAUGUAAGGCAGAAAAAGAGUUUCACGCAGACACAAAAUCAUUUACAAAAAUGAUUUCAUGUGUUAGAUAUUUGAAAUGGAGAAACAAGUGCAAGGAUUAUACACAUUUGCAAAGUUUAAGGAAUUUCAAGAAGUAAUCGGCAAGUUGUAUUGCGACCUACUUAAAUGUGAAGAUGAAAAAACGCUUCAUGUGAAAGAAGUGAAACGAAUUAACGCGUUUGCCAAGACUACUAACUACAUAGUUGAAUAUGACAAGACCUUGAAUGAAGGACAAUGUAAUUGUCAUUUAUUUGAAUUUAGAGGCAUCGUUUGUAAACAUAUGAUUACGGUCCUAAUGCGCAAUGGAGUGGACAUCUUGCCCGACCAAUACAUAAUGCGGAGAUGGAGACGGGAUUUGAAGAUAGUAUACUGAUAAGUCCGUAUUUUGACACGCAUUUGAUGUGUGUUGAGAUCAGAUUUUGAUGGUUUCCCUAGCUUUAAGGUGUUGCAAGUCUCAAUUUUAGCUCAAGUUAUGUUUACCAGGCGUUGGUUCGAGUUUUGUGUUGUUUGUAGUCAAAAUCAGGGAAUUUGAGCCCGGUACCGGCACUUGAGGAACAAUCGGGAUGAUUUGAGAAGCAUUUGAGAAUGAUUUGAUAGCUUUGGAGGUCACCAGAAGAUUCACAAUGAAGAUUUGAAGGAAAAAGAGCUCUAGGAUUGGCUUCGGGAUCAAAAGAAGAUGAAUGAAGCUUGAAAACGAUGAUCAGAAUGACCUUCUGUCAAUCGUUCAAGCUUAUCUCUUUGUAGGAACAACCAAUGGACACGAUUCAAGUUGCAUAAGAAAGCCAACUUCAAGAGCUACAAAUCAUAUGAAGACACCUUUUCAAGAAUCUGAAAGGAAGAAGGUGAAAACAGACGAUGAAGUCAGAUGAUCUCUGCUGCGAUUUCAGAAAGACACCUUCCACCGUUUUGAUCAUAUCUCUUGAUUGGAUGAUUCAAAUCACAUUCGGCAAAUUGGGGUGGAUAGAGGACUUCAUUAUCUACAACUUUUAUGAAGGAAGUUUUGUCAAAUUCGGAAGUUAAGUAGGCACGAUCGUGCCCUCAAAGUCAGACACGAUCGUGCCUGAAGAGAAAAGCACCGCGGAGCUACUGCCUGCCAGGCACGAUCGUGCCUGGAGGGAGGCACGAUCGUGCCUGCCCAAAAUGCGCGUUUUUGCUCUGGAGGCACGAUCGAAGGCACGAUCGUGCCUGGCAUCGUGUCUGGCUCCGAAAAUCCUAAUUCAGCUCAAAUUUCAC